GUAAAACCGAGCUGGCCAAGCAGACAGCCAAGUACAUCCAUAAGGCAACCCUGCUACACUGGGAUGCUGGAAUUUGCGGACCUUUUCUCCCCAUCUCUGGACCAGGUAAAACCGAGCUGGCCAAGCAGACAGCCAAGUACAUCCAUAAGGACGUCAAAAAGGGCUUCAUCAGGCUGGACAUGUCGGAGUUCCAGGAGAGGCACGAGGUCGCCAAGUUCAUCGGCUCUCCACCCGGCUACGUGGGCCACGAGGAGGGCGGGCAGCUCACCAAGAAGCUGAGGCAGUGCCCGAAUGCUGUGGUGCUGUUCGACGAGGUCGACAAAGCCCACCCAGACGUCCUCACCAUCAUGCUGCAGCUCUUUGACGAGGGCCGACUGACGGACGGGAAGGGGACAACCAUCGACUGCAAGGAUGCCAUCUUCAUCAUGACCUCCAACGUGGCGAGCGACGAGAUCGCCCAGCACGCUCUGCAGCUCCGGCAAGAGGCGGCGGAGAUGAGCAAGAAGAGGCUCGCGGAGAACUUAGAGGACGUCCAGGUGACUGAGAAGAUAACCAUCUCCAAGCAGUUCAAGGAGAAGGUCAUUCGCCCCAUCUUGAAGGCUCACUUCCGACGGGACGAGUUCCUGGGGAGGAUCAACGAGAUCGUCUAUUUUCUGCCGUUCUGCCACGCGGAGCUCAUCCAGCUGGUCAACAAGGAGCUGAAUUUUUGGGCCAAGAAGGCCGAGGCGAGGCACAACAUCACGCUGCUCUGGGACCGGGAGGUGAUGGACGUGCUGGCGGACGGCUACAACCUGCACUACGGCGCCCGCUCCAUCAAACACGAGGUGGAGCGGCGCGUCGUCAACCAACUGGCCGCUGCCUACGAGCAGGCCCUGCUGCCGCGCGGCUGCACGCUGCGGAUCGCCGGGGAGG